AUGGCCGAGCUUUCGCUGGUAUCCAGCGUUGCUGGGGUCAUAUCUCUAGGCCUUUCUGUAUGUCAAGGCUUAGUGACAUAUUCAUCACAUUUCAAAUCCUUCCACGAUGAGACCGGUGAUGUCGCGACCAAGGCCAAAGGGCUUGAGAUAGUUCUGAAGGCUAUUUCCGACCUCAUCUCGAAUCCUGAUGCUUUCAACCGUUCUUCCUCCAUCGUUGCCGAGAAAAUAAAAACGGCUAGCCAGUGCCUUUUGGAUUGCAAGCAGGGUUUGGAGAAGUUGAAGUCAUCUUUGGACGAAGUGAAGCGUGACUCCUCGUCAGGCAAGUCUCAGAAGGCGAAGCAAUAUCUCGAACGAUGUCUUUACCCUCUUCGAUGGGGGAAUCUGGUGGGUCGAGUUGAUACGAUUGAGGGUUUGCAGAGCAACCUGGAGAUGGCGCUCAGCUCGUUGAGAAUUGCCAUGGAUAUCGAUGGAAAAGUUGAGAACGACAAUCGAAUGAAGUCAGUUGAGGCAGCGAUUUUGAAUAUUGCCGUAGAUACAGGGAAAAUUGAAGGCUUGGAAGACAUGCUCAGGAAGGUUGUCGAAAGACAAGAGAAGGCAAAUGGGCGUUGCGACAAAAUUGUCUGA